CCUCGCCCCCUUCGACCCGCCCCUUCCGCCCAGGGGCGGGACUAGGCGCGGCUUCUCCCGGAAAUCCGGAACCUGGAAGAAAACCGAGCUCUGCCGGGCGCUGCUCCUGCUCCUCUCUUCCACAGCGGGCGGUUGUGUGCUUGUCUCCUGCGCCCGUCCUUAGAUUUUCCACUCCUAACUCUUACGGAGUCCUGAAUCCCCAUCCCAUUUCCCACACCCCAGUUUCAGCUGCAAAUUACCGCAGAGCCUAAAGCCAGGAGAGGAGCCCGUUUCCCGCCCCAGUCCUCCCCUCCCCGGGCCGGUGGAGACCCGGGUAAGAUUCUCGCCCCGCUUUCCGGCCUCACCUUCCACACACCUGCCGUUCCCUCGGGGGCCCUCCGCCGCCCGACCAUGGCCCAGAAGCCGAAGGUAGACCCUCACGUCGGCCGGCUAGGAUAUCUUCAGGCGCUGGUCACGGAAUUCCAGGAGACAGAGAGCCAAGACGCCAAGGAGCAAGUACUGGCCAACCUCGCUAACUUCGCCUAUGACCCCAGUAAUUACCAGUAUCUGCGGCAGCUGCAGGUCCUGGAUUUAUUCCUCGAUUCACUGUCGGAAGAGAAUGAAACCCUGGUGGAGUUUGCUAUUGUCAGGAAGGUGUUGACCUCUGCAGCGGGGAGAGAAUUGAAUCAGGAAGGAAGAGGCAGAGGCUUCCGGGCUGCUGACAGCGUUUCAGACCUUGACCUCAGUGCUGCUUACGAGAGCGUUUGCUUCCCCUGCCUGGAUGUGCCAGCCAUUUCUGUGUGUGUCGGUUGCAGGAGGCCUCUGCAACCUGUGCUCGGACAGGGCCAACAAGGAGCACAUUCUGCAGACAGGGGGCAUCCCACUCAUCAUCAACUGCCUGUCCAGUCCCAACGAGGAGACUGUGCUGUCUGCUGUCACCACGAUCAUGUACCUGCUGAGCUCACCAGGCUUGGGCCCCCAGCCGGAGCUGACUGCCGUGCCCGUGGUGCAGUGCAUGCUGCGCUUCUCCGUCUCAGCCAGCACCAGGCUGCGGAACCUGGCCCAGAUCUUCCUGGAAGACUUCUGCUCCCCGAGCCAGGUGGCUGAAGCCCGCAGCUGGCAGGCUCACUCUGCCCUGGGGAUCCCACUGCCGAGGACGGAGGCCCCACAGCAGCCUUGAUCCAAGGGGAGGUCAGGCCACAGCACCCACCGUGCCAGAGACAAGACAGGACAGUGCCCCGGGGACCAGGGAGCAGGAGCAGCAGAGCUCCCUUGAGCACCUUCUCCCCGCCUGGCACUUUUCAGCUAAAGGUGAGCGUAUUUAUUUAUACUCUGAUGAAAGGCAUCAGGAGAUGAGUGAGGAAGCCAGACAGACCCCGAGACACAGGAAGAAGGAACCUGAAGGUGCCAUUUUCACCGGCUGCCACUCUGACCAGCUAGAGGCGAAGGUCCUGCCUCCUGGCCACCCCACUGCCAGCUCUCACCUUGUGUCCCUAGAUCCAGAGGCUCUGCAGAAGGCAUCUCUCCUGAGGAGCAGCUAGGCCUGGGGCUUAGCACUUCCCAGCCAGGCCCAGUGCCCGGAGGGUGCCAAGGAAAAUGGCUCCUACCUUGAAUGGUGUCCUUGUCAUCAAUGAGCAGGUCCCCCAAGACCAUGGUCUUGUCCCUCGUCAAGAUAAUGCGCUCCACAAACUGGGGCCCCAGGUGCUUCUCCACCCAGCCGUACUGUGUGGUGGGCACAAGUCUGUCAGGAGGGCCGGACGGACCCCGGAAUUCAAGGCCAGCGAGCAAAUGGGGCCUUAGGACCCUGGGUGUGCCGCCAGUGCCGCACCUUCUCGCGCACGCAGUGGUCAUACUUGAGCAGCGGGCUGGUGCAGAUGAAGACCUCAGUGCUGCGGGAAGGGGCGCGGGUCAGACAGGGUGGUGCCAGCCCCUGCUCCCCCCCACCUCCCUCCCGACCCUUCCUCACUCCUGCAUGUCAUUCAUCUCCCGCAUGGCUUCCAAGGCUCCAGGGAUGGGCUCCAAGUUUAGGAAGAAGCCUGGGGCUUCAUACACACUGGCCACUUUGUCCUGAAAGAUACAGUGUUCCUGUCCUGGCUCUGCUCCCAGCCGAUCUCGCCAGCCCCAGCGAGGACUCUCAAGAUUCCUGGGGGAAGGGGGGCGCCUCGAUCCCCACAUCAGAGCCUCAGGGAGGGGACUUUGUUUAGGGGUAAGUACUCCUCCAGACUGUCUUGUCCUGGGACGAAGUGUGGAUUCUGAAGUGAAAGCUUUGUCUCUGGACGUGGAGCACAGGCGGUCCUGACCCAAGGGGGAAGGCGCCCCACUCCCAGGUGCCCAGGAGGUUGGGGCUUCCCGUUUGGGACACUGGGGUCGGGGCUCCCGGUUCCCCCUGAUCCUCGCCUCUCCCCCCACCUACCGCCAGGUCGGGGCGCAGGGCUCGGUACUGCUCCCGGGCGAAGAAGCCGCGGCGCUCCUCCAGCGGCACGUACGGCUCCCUGGGGAAGUUUCGCUGGAAGCCCCGCAGCAGGCCGGCCUCGAAGUCCGCCAGCACGCCGUCCAUGUCCACCAGCACCCGCACGGGCCGCGCGUACCUUGCCGCCAUCACCGCGAGGCACGGGCCGGCCGGAAGCAUGGACGCGCGCGGAAACCCGGGCCGGAGCCGAGUUGAGCUCCGCGCCGGGACGGCGGCUUCCGGGAGGGGGCGGGGGGCGGGGCUAAUUUGCAUGGACGCCGGGUUGCCCCGCCCCCCGGAAGCACCGGGCCUCCCCCAGUGCCCCAGCAGCCGGCGCGGAGGUGGCCUGAGCUGCUCUUCUGGUCUGAGGCCGCGCCUACGUGCACCCCAGCCACCCUGCGCUCGGUGGCAGACGUCCUCGCUCACCUCAGACGUUUCUUGGGGCAGACCUUCCAGGGGCCCGGCAGAGGGUCUCUCCUAAAUACAGAUCAACGGCUUCUGAGAAGGAGCCAAGGCUGCUUAAACCCGUGAGCUGACGCCCCCUUUUAAGAAUCCAUCCCUGUCCUCCCUGCUUGUGGGGACUCUGGAGCAGAGCUCCCGCCACGUCAAGGCAGCACCAACCCAAGGCUCAAAUCAUGGGGACUCCCAGUGACCGAAGUGAAUGAAUCUGCUGAAGACAGCGGGUUCUUGUGAACAGAGCUCCUCAGACACCAAUUCAUAAACCAGAGCUGGCUUGAAACAUGGGAGCAUCUGCUUUAAGCAUCCGGUUCACCUGGAGGAGGAGACUCAGUAUUUGUCUUGUGGCUGCAUCUGUGGAGCAUGGAAGUUCCUGAGAAGAACCCUCACCACAGUAGCAGCCCGAGCUGCUGCAGUGACAGUGCUGGAUCUUUAACCUGCUGCAGCGCAGGGAAUUCCAUCUUUUCCAUUAUGGUUUAGCACCAGAUACUGAAUAUAGUUCCCUGUGCUAUACGCAACAAUCCAGGAUCGGAAAUACAACACACAUUGUAAGGAUGAGACUUUCGACUCGUGGUCAAGCACCAGCAUCAUGCACACAGCUUCAAGGUAUCUAAGAAGAGCACUGCCCGCGGCGGUCCUUUUGCUGAGAGGACCCACCUCCUUCCGCAUGGUCCUGCCCUUGCUUCACCGCCCGGAACGCGCAGCAAGGCAUGAGAGGCAGGCCGCUAUCGCUCCAUAUGGCACAGGAAGAGGCUUUGCGCAAGGGGCGCUGGCACAGAGGGCAACCCCAGGUAGGGUGGGCAUCAGGACCACCUCGUUUGGGGGCCUGAAGGGACAGCGCUUGGGGACUGUUUACUGGUCUGUCCAAUCCAGGCUUGGUCAACCCAAGUAAAGCUGACAAGAAAAGGGUUUUUAAAACCUCAGUACAAAAGAUCCUCUAACACAUUUGAAACCCAAUUGUUUGUUCUUAAAAACACGGUACUAAGUGUCACAAAGCUUUCCCUCCAGUCUACUACUAGAAAACACUCAUGCCAUGGCCUACGGACCCAGAGGAAUCAGGACAGACAGAGAACCUGUUCUUCCAAAAAACAAACAAAAAAAAAGACAGCAGUACAUAAAGUGCUUCUUUUUUAAUGAAACAAAUCCAAAAGAUGUACAGUCAGGCUCAAGUUGUGCAGUUCACAAGCAUGGAGAAAACAAAGAAACAAAACGACAGCGUUCUGGGCAGACGGAGCUAACCCAGGACGAGGCUGGACUUGCCGCCAGGGGGGUUUCUCCGGGACGGCACGGGGGCCGGUGCCACCGGGCUGGGCACAGGGGCGGCGGGCACGGGCUUUUCCUCGCUCUGCCCCAGGCUGGCCUGCAAGUCCAUGUCCACGUUUUCUAGGGAAACAGAAUGAAAUCAAGGCUAAUGACUGUUCCCAGGGAAGAUGAAAAGUCUAAGAUGGGUUUUGGGGGGUUUUUUUGGCUGUGCCCGUGCCAUGCAGAAGAUCCCAGGCCAGGGAUGGAACCUGCGCUACAGCAGUGACAAGACCCAGGCCUGACCCACUAGGCCACCACAGAACUCCAUGUUUCUGUUUUGUUUUUGUUUUGAGGAUAGUUCAUACCAUACCUAGAGCUACAAAGAAGAAACCAACAAUCACCAACCAUGUGGCCACUAUCCAGAAUUAACCACUGUUAAUGAUUUGCCAUAUUUGCCCCAGGUCUUUUGCUGUGUAUAUUCUUUUCUAAAUGACAUAAAUAUGUGAAGACAUAAAUAUGUUAAAUGCGAACGUUACAGGUAAGCGCCAGGCUCCUGACCAACCCACCUCUGUGUGGGUCUCCGAUUCCCAGAGGCGCUGCUACCAGCUGGGUGCGUUCCUCUAGACCGUUUGUUUCAUAAUUUGUGUAUUUUAUUUCCAGCAAGUAACAGAGACUACUGUUUCUGUUAUAUUUAACAUAAAGGAUAUCAACUUUGCUUUAAGCUAUGCCCACAGCAUGCAGAAGUUCCGGCCCAGGAACUGAACCUGCACCACAGCAGUGACAAUGCCGGAUCCUUAACCCCUGCGCCACCAGGGUACUCCUCAAAAAAAAUUUUUUUUAAACCUUUGGAAACUUACCUCUAUUUAAGCACAUGGUUAUAAUUCACCUUGCUUGGAGUUCCCAUCGUGGCGCAGUGGUUAACGAAUCCAACUAGGAACCGUGAGGUUGCAGGUUCGGUCCCUGCCCUUGCUCAGUGGGUUAACGAUCCGGCGUUGCCGUGAGCUGUGGUGUAGGUUGCAGACACGGCUCAGAUCCCACGUUGCUGUGGCUCUGGCAUAGGCCAGUGGCUACAGCUCCGAUUCGACCCCUAGCCUGGGAACCUCCAUAUGCCGCGGGAGCGGCCCAAGGAAAUAGCAAAAAGACAAAAAAAAAUAAUAAUAAUUCACCUUGCUUUAUGAAUUGCCUUACAGUAUAUAGAGAGUAUAUAUGAUUAAUUCUCUACUGACUACAAAAAAUUAGAACCAACCCAGCCAUUCCAGAGCCGUAACAUAUACUCUGGAACAUGUGCCUGUGGGCACAGGAGCUGUCUUGUUCAAUUUGAACAGGUAUCACACACUGCCUUCCCCAGUGGCUGUGCCAAGUCCUGCCCUGCUGCCCGGGUCACCGUAUACUCGCCUCGAAGCUUGCCCUUUCCCCCACUGAUCACCACGGCACCUUAAUAUUUGCCAAGCUGACAGGAGAAAAGUAUUUCAUUCCUGUUUUAUGUUACACUUCCAUGAUUACAGGGUGAGGUUGAUUUGUUUGUUAAACUGUGCAGAUAAGCAGUUCUACGUUUGUUUAUUUGUCUAUUUGUUUGUUUACUUAUUGUCUUUUUAGGGCCACACCCACGGCAUAUGGAGGUUCCCAGGCUAGGGGUCCAAUCGGAGCUGUACCCGUCAGCCUACACCACAGCCACAGCCACUCCAGAUCCAAGCCGCAUCUGCGACCUACACCAUAGCUCAUGGCAACGCUUUAUGGACACUACUCUGGUUGGUUAACCACCGAGCCACGAUGGGAACUCUCUACACAGGCAUUUAUUGAGGAAUCUACCUUUCCCUACUGAUUUGUAAUGACAGCUUAAUCCUCUCACUUCCAUUAUAUUAACUUGGCACUUUCCACAUUAAAACCUUAAUUAGUAUAUUAUUAUCUUAUCCAAUAUCCUAAAUAUUGCUUGAUUGAUUCAUGGACUGAUUUGUGAAAUUCCCAACAAGCAUAGAGUCUUAACCAGGUAGUUUCCAUUGAUUCAAAGUCAAGAGUGACUUAGUACAAAAAAACAAAAACAAAACAAAAAAAAAACUGGAUUUUCUGUGAAAAGUAAUUUCUUUGAAGAGCUUAAUAGCUUAAGGCAGGAUAUACUUUUUUUUUUUUUUUUAAAUAUAUGGCUGCCCCCGCUAAAUAUGGAGUUUCCCAGGCUUGGGGUCUAAUUGGAGCUGUAGCUGCCAGCCUACACCACUGCUCACAGCAACUCCGGAUCCUUAACCCACUGAGCGAGGCCACGGAGCAAACCCACAACCUCACGGUUCCUAGUUGUAUUCGUUUCCGCUGUGCCACAACGGGAACUCCAAGGCAUGUUAGACUUAAUUUAAAAAAAAAUGCCAGGUCUCAUUUUAUUGUUAAAUCAUCCAUGUAAAUUUAGCUGCAUAUUCUAACACCUGCCUUAGACUAACCCCACCCUCCCAACACACACACAGGCAUUUUUAGUACAAAAAAUGAAAUACUAAUUUAUAAGACUUGGAAGGAAAACUACCUUAAGGUUUAAAGACAUUUAUGCCCUUCUCUAAUUUAGAAGCCCCCAAACCCAGGAAGUAGCAAAGCAGAGAUACUGGUUGUGACAUGUGGUAUAUACGAGCUUUGUACAGACUACACUGGACACUGACUUAACGUACUCAUUUCGAAAACAUGUACUUUUCUUAAAGUUCCUCAAAGACUAAACCUUAGAAGUCUACAUUCCUAAAACCACUUGCAGCAAGUUUUGAUUUAGCCAACCCAAACGGAGAAGUCCAAGGGGGAAGUCUUAGAUCAGAAACACAGAUCUCAGAACUACGCUAUUGCCCCCCGCCUUUUUUUAAGGAUUUUUAGUUUUUCUAUUAUAGCUGAUUUACAGUGUUCCGUCAGUUUUCUACUGUGCUUACUGCUGCUUUUAACAUUUCAUUUUAUGAAUUUUUGGAACAUUUGAUAGAACUGACUUUUUUUGGGGGGGCCAUUGGUGGCAUACACAGGCUCUUCCUCCCGGGGUCAAACCCAUGCCGCAUGCCACAACAGCAACCGAAGCUGGUAUAGUGACAACACCAGAUCCUUAACCCACUGCGCCACAAGAGAACUCUGAAAGUACUGCCGUCUAAGGCAUGUAAUGUCCUGGUACUGAGCAGCUGCAAGUAAAAACCUAGUGUGCAGUUUUCCAAAAUGACAGCACUCAAGGUUACGAAGCAAAGCUUGGAGAGAAAGGGUAGCCUCUCAGCUUCCUGUUACAUAAGAAACAGGAUCGAAUGCAUCAACAUUAGAUACCCAAGUCCUUAAAAAACCUAGGGAAGUAUGUCCAAUUUACUGCAAAUACAAACAAAACCCAAGAACCCACAUUUUAAAGCAACCCAAGAUAGACGAAUACAGACCAUGAACUCAGCCGGAACCAGUAUAUCAACUCAAGCUGUUUCAUUCCUGCUGCGAGGACGCAGCCCCCACGGCACAGGGUCUAACUGACCUCUCCAGUCUGGACUGAGUAGCUAAUGAGUCCUUCUAAAGGACCCAAAAUUACCUUGUGGCUCUAACGUGGCAGUUUAUUUCCAUAAAACAAUUUUUACAUAAAUAAGCUCAUUUUCACCA